AUCCCCUCUUUUUUUUUUUUUUUAAUUUUAUUAUUAUUAUAUUAAUUCCAACGAAUUUUUUGAAAUAAAAUCAUCCAAUUUCCCAUAAAUUACACUUCACCAAAUCAAUCAAACCCGGAAAAGAAAAUGUCACAACCAAUUGAGGUAUAUCCUAAUCCUGUAACCAAACAGCCUACUAAUUCUCCCCACACCAGCGGAUCUUUCGGGCCUGUUUUCAUAGUAUUGGCUGUCAUUUUCGUGAUUUCCGCUGUGGCUUGUGUUCUGGGACGCCUUUGCAGCCGCCGGCGCCACCGUGCCAAGGAGGCGCACCACCACCACCACCAGAAGGCCGCUAAGCAGAGCCACGGCGGCGGCGGCGGACUAGGGCCUAAAGAGUGGGAGUCUAGGCAAAAUCCAAACUUGAACAUGAGAGACCAUGGCGACGUGGAAUUAGGGUUCGAUAAGAAAUUCAAAUUCCCUUCCGCCGCCAGAGUGGCCGGAAAUGGGCGGCCGCCGCAUCAUAACGGCGGGCGUAUGCCGGAAGUUAGAUUUGCAGAUAAUGUUAAGUGAGGAUCACACUCACGAAGGGGUAUACUUUUACAUUUAUUAUUUUAUUUAAUUUUAUUUAUUUUCUGAAUUUAAAAUUUAUGAUGAAGAAUCCAUCAUCUUUUAUGGCUUUCACUAAAAAAUGUUAAAAGGAUUUAAUUUGAUUUUGAUUUGAUAUACAAUUAUUUUUGCUAUAUGUUUGCCAAAUUUGUUAGGUUUUCGGCAUAAAUGUAGUACAGAAAUUCAAACACAUGCGACACGUGAAUUUAGAUGUUACACCUGUUAUUUAAUAACAUCGGAUGUAUUUGAA